AUGUCCCCUCGCAAAACCCUAGCCAACCCCUCCUACACCCCCAUACCUCACCCUGCAACUCCAUACAAAACCUUCGACUCCUUCUACCCCUUCUACCUCGGCGAACACUCUUCCCGGAUCAACCGCCUCUUCCACUUGACCGGCUCCUCCAUCGCGCUCACCAUUUACGCGCGCGUCCUCCUCUCUCUUGUACCUCGCAUACUGGAUGUCGUAUCCAAGGACAAGGCGCUAGUCGCAAGGUUGGGCUUACGGUGGGGAUUGACCGGGAAACAGAUGGGCAAGUGGCUAGCGACAGCUCUGGUCCAAGGGUAUGCGUGUGCGUGGGUGGGGCACUUCUUUGUGGAGAAGAAUCGGCCGGCUACGUUCAAGUAUCCGCUGUAUUCGCUCCGAGGGGACUUUCGGAUGCUGUGGGAGUACGGGGACGGAUCCGAGAAGGAGAAACAGGGGACGACCGUACGUGUCGUUGAGUCCUCGUCGGACGCCGGGAUGGGCAUGGAGAUCGACCAAGACCUUCUCGGGUUCCAAGCGGGGAAUGGGGAGGUCGUGCAAGCUUCGAGACAGGUGGUGGAUCUUCUACAGCGGAUGGGGCCGGCUUCGCCUCAGAGCCAGCGACAGCGGCAGAACCAGGGCCAGCCUCGGCCAGGAUUCGGAGGGAGGGGAAAACAGGGGAGGAAGGGGAUGCGCGGUAUGAGCGGUCAGGGCAAGGGCAAGGGCAAGGGCUGGAAGGGGGAUAGUUGGGUUGCGAAAGUGGGCAGGGCGGGCGGGGUGGCUAUGGCUGCGAUGAAGGCUGGGGCUAGGGGGAGGGGUGGGAAGGGCGGACGACGUGUCGUCUAG